GGUUUGACUUGGAGGUUGUUUGCCUUUGCCAUUUUUCUUCGAAUCCCUGGCUGAACUUGAGACUUGGGAGUGAACUGAAAAAGCAUAAAGUAUGGCUUCGACGGCAGCGUACCUUGCUCGGCGCGCGGCGCAGAAGGAGAGGGUUCGGAUCCUCUACCGCCGCGCCCUCAAAGACACUCUCAACUGGGCCGUACAUCGCCACCUCUUCUACGACGACGCUUCAAACCUCCGCGAAAGGUUCGAGGAGAACAGACACGUGGAAGACCCUGAUACCAUUGACAGGCUCAUAACGGAUGCUGAAGCUUCCUACAACAAGUGGCGCCAUCCCGAUCCCUAUAUUGUUCCUUGGGCUCCUGGUGGUUCCAAGUUUACUCGCAACCCAACUCCACCUCAAGGGAUUGAGAUAGUUUAUAAUUAUGGCCGUGAAGAUAAUGACUGAAAUCUGAUUUUUUUUUUCCAACCCUUGCAAUGAAUAAAGGUCUGCAAUCAAACUGUUCUGUAUUCACAAAUUGAUACCGAUUGAGUCCAUCCAUGCUUAUGAUGUUGAAAAAUUUGAUGUCCUCCGAACCAGAUGGUACCUGGAUUUUACUGUUUUUAAGAUUCUGUCAUUGGUACUUGUUAGUGAGUCUGAAUUUUUUUACAUAAAGAAAACCAGUUGCAUAUAUUGGCCGCAAACUCUAAA